AUCAUCUCUAUACUAACUUAUAUAUCAACCCGUGAACUGGCUUCUAAAUUCAUUACAAUAGAAGUAUGUUGCAGAAUAAAGUGAAUACACAGUGAUUUUGAAUACAGCUAUACACAUUUUAAACAGGAAUUGAAUACUUAUAGCAGAAAAUUUUAACCUCUUAAAAGGAUCACAAAUUCACUGAGGAAAUGUAACCAAAUUUGUCAUCUACAUCGGGUAUUCCCUAACCAGAGAAGAAGGAAAAAAUAGACCCCAAAAAAUGGCCAACAACACAUUGUCGUCCAUCAUUGGUAUGGUGAAUGAGACAGUCCCAGAAUAUGCCAUUGCUGGAAAUGACACAAUGACCAAUAUGACCACUACAUUAGCUACGCCAUCUGGUGAACGGGCGUACAAGAUAGUGGCACUUGUUAUCUAUACUUACUUAGGACCUACAAUAUGUGCAAUAGGAAUGCUAUUCAACAUCAUAAACUUUGCUGUUCUAAUGCAACACCAACUAAAGGAAUCCCCAUACACAUAUCUCACAGGACUAGCUAUGGUUGAUUUUUCUGCAUUGACUCUUUCCUUCAUCUAUAUGGUCAUCUCCCACAAAACACCUGGUGUGGAAUUCUGGAGAUAUUUUGAAGCUUAUAUUUUCCUCCCAUUUGUGAAUGUAUGUACAACUUCUAGUGUGUGGAUAAUAGUCCUGCUGACAAUAGAACGGUUCCUCUUUGUCAGACACCCACUCUGGGCCAAAGCUAAGUGUGACCGAGCAAGUGCUAAAGUCAAGAACCUUGCCAUAGUCGGAAUGGCUCUGGUGUUCAACAUCCCUCGAUUCUUGGUUUUCGAAGUUGUCGAGAGUUCACCUGGAUUCUGGAAGAUUGAGCAUACACCUUUUCGCAAGAGUAAGACCUUUUUAGGAAUUAACUGGGUGUACAGUAUCACUGUUCAAAUUAUCCCUCUGACCAUUCUCCUGUUUGCCAAUACAUAUCUUGUGUAUGCUGUUAUGCGAGCUCGUAAGCAGAGAGAAGAGCUUCAAAUUCGCAAUAACAAGGAGGCAACAUGGUAUCGUGAUCAAGUCCGCCUUACCAUCACAUUAAUCAGCAUUGUAUGUCUAUUUAUAAUCUGUAUUUUACCCUCCGCAUUCUCAGAUUUUCCUAUCGCAUACUUUUUCUUUGGAGGAGGAAAAUCAGAGCUUGAGUUUCGCACAUCCGAUUUUUACCUCAUUCUCCAAUACGUAGCUAACCUCUUGGUGUGGUGCAACCUCUCUCUGAAUUUUGUUCUGUACUGCUCCUUCAAUGAAAAGUUCCGCAGAGUGAUGCGUCACAUGGUCAAGAGGUGGCUGGAGCUGAGCUGUAUCAAGCAAUCGUACAGACCCUUCAAAGUCAGCUUUAACAUCAAUGGCAUUACCAGGCACAACAGCAGCCAGACAAAUAGCUUAACACAACAAACCAAAUGUUCCAUGAGCAUGGGGCCACAUGAAAUUCUCAAACUAGAAAAGGCAGAUUACUCUGCAAGCCAGACCACAGCACUGUUUGACAAAAGUGACGCUGAUAACUAAAGUUGAUAGUGAAUACAUAAACUAAUCAAGUCUCUUGUUGGCUUAUAAGUACAAGAGUCAGAAUCAAACAAUGUUUAAUGUCACUGCUUAAGUUGUUGCAUUGACUUUUUUCUUUAAAAUCAAGCUCUAGUAAUGCUUGUGCUCUUUUAUCACUUUAUUCAGGGAAAUUGAACUGCUUCACAAAGUUUCAAAAUAUCCUAUGUAAAUUAUGAAUAUGUAUAUAUCUAUUUAUUUGACAAUAUAAGAUUUACAAAUAACAAUCAAAAGGGACUAUAUUUCAGUAAAUAGGGCAUUUAUUUACCCACUAUCUAAAUCAACAUACUACUCACUGUACAGUUUAUAAAUAUAUAUAUAUAUUACAAGUAUGUUUUUUGUCAUUCAUGUGAUAUCUUAUUAAAUUUUGUUUUCUGUAUCAAAUGCACAAAUAAUCACACAGAAUUUACUGUUUGCAUAUUAAAUUUGUCUCAUGUAGUUUUUAAAAUACUUUUCAAACAAUAUUUGAUAUGUACAUGUAUAUGUACCAUUCUUAGGUACAAAGUUUAGAUUUUGAAAACCACUAGAAUAUUUUCCAUUGCAUUUAUAUAUAUACUACAAGAUUAUUAUUAGAUUAAUUUAAAUAUUUGAUUGAAAAAACGGUAAUGGCUCUGCAUAUAUUUAUGAUUGUGCUAAAUACUAGUAGUGCCCAUGCAACCGUACUAUUUAAAGUUCCUGCAAUAAGUACACAGACAGCAUUCAUUUAUACUCUAGCUGCUUUGAAUUCAACAAUUUUCUUUGCCAUCCACUGAAAAUUUCUUUUUAUAAAAUUCAGUUUAUUUAAGCGAUAACAUAACUGCAUGACAACAAUUCAAGCUUGUUACAGAUUGCCAACUUCCAUGCAGGUAAAAGCACCAUCCAUUAUAUCUUCAGUUAUUUUUUGUGAGAAAUUUAACAGUUAAUAUAUAUGGAGUGCUCCACUGAAUUUUUGUAAGAAUGUAUUAAGCAUUAAUUGAAAUUUCAAACUGUUGUCAAAUGUACCCUUUAAUACUAUUUUUAAUUUAUGAGCCCAAUAUUUGAUGAGAAUUCUGAUUUCGAAAUCAAUGUACAUUCAUAUUCUAUAAUUGCUAUCAUCAACAUACACUUCUUUAUGAAUAAUCAAGUUUUUUUGUGAUUAAUAUAUGUGCUCUUAUUGUUACUUUGUUGUGAAAAUUUAUAUGUAUAUCCCGGUAUGUCAAAAUGAAUAA